AUAUGCGUCAACCCGUCUCCAUCUUCACACACACUCAACACAAAUGGAACUCUUUGACAUUGUGUUAGCCACCAUAACAUGUCUCCUUUGUUGUUUAUGGUGGAAAAAACAUUCCAAGGCUUCUUGUAGCAACAAAAACCUCCCACCCGGGCCACCUGGGUGGCCGAUUGUUGGCAACCUUGUUCAGGUCAUCCUCCAGAACCGCCCGUUCAUGUACGUGGUGCGGGACUUGCGUGCCAAGUACGGUCCCAUCUUCACCAUGAAGAUGGGACAACGUACCUUGGUCAUUGUUACAAGUUCCGACCUCAUACAUGAAGCGCUUGUUCAAAAGGGUCCGGUGUUCGCUAGUCGACCACCGGAUUCCCCUAUCCGACUGCUGUUUAGCGUCGGGAAAUGCGCGAUUAAUUCUGCGCAGUACGGUCCGCUUUGGCGGACCCUGCGGAGAAAUUUUGUUACUGAGUUGAUAAACCCCACCCGGAUCCGAGAGUGUAGUUGGAUCCGGAAAUGGGCGUUUGAAGAGCAUUUAAAAAUGUUGGAAUUGGAAAAUUCACAACGUGGGUUUGUGGAGGUGAUGAGUAAUUGUAGGCUUACAAUUUGUAGCAUUUUGAUAUGUCUGUGUUUUGGUGCAAGAAUUUCUAAGGAAAAGAUUAAAAACAUAGAGAGUAUACUCAAAGAUGUGAUGAUGAUCACCAUGCCAAAGCUCCCGGAUUUCAUGCCGGUCCUCCUCCCCCUCUUUCGCCGCCAGCUGGUGGCGGCGAAAGAGCUGCGAAAGAGGCAGAUGGAGUGUCUGGUCCCGUUGAUACGGGCCAGGCGAGCGUUUUGCGAAAGCCGAGAAGAAAAUUUAAAAAACCCUAGUGGUAAUGAGCUCAAACCGGAUGGUUUGGAAAUGGUGAGCCCGGUUGGUGCUGCUUACAUAGACUCCCUUUUUAACCUCCAACCGGCCGAUCGGGGCCGGUUGGGAGAGGAAGAGCUUGUGACGCUGGUGUCCGAGGUAAUAAACGCUGGCACAGACACCAGCGCCACAACAGUUGAGUGGGCCCUACUCCACUUAGUAAUGAAUCAAGACAUCCAAGAAAAACUUUACAAAGAAAUAGUUGAAAAAGUUGGUGUACAUGGGGUGGUUCAAGAGAGUGACGUGGAGAGCAUGGUAUACUUAUCCGCGGUGGUUAAGGAGACUUUCCGGCGGCACCCGCCGAGCCACUUCGUGCUAUCGCACGCGGCCACAAAGCCGACAGAGCUCGGCGGGUACACUAUCCCACCGGACGUCAACGUGGAAUUUUAUACCGCUUGGUUGACGGAGGAUCCGGAGGCGUGGGAGUCUCCGGAUCUGUUUCAACCAGAGCGGUUUCUGGACGGCGGAGAAGGGGCGGAUGUGGACGUAACUGGGAUGCGGGGUGUGAAGAUGCUGCCGUUUGGUACCGGACGGAGGAUCUGUCCGGCGUGGAGUUUGGGUACGUUGCAUGUUCACAUGUUGUUGGCUAGAAUGGUUCAUGCAUUCAAAUGGGUUCCGGUUGCGGGUAACCCACCCGACCCGACUGAGACUUUUGCUUUUACGGUAGUGAUGAAGAAUCCUCUCAAAGCAACCAUUUUGCCCCGGGACAAAAGUUGAAUACAUUAAUUGUGUGUCGUAUUUUAUGAAGUUUGGUUGUACUUUUUCCCUUCCCUCAAUGAGUUAAUAUUUGGUACUUUUAUUUAGUUUUAUUUUGAACUUAUAAUGCAAUUGGAAACAUUCGUAUUUUAUAAAAUCGGACUAGCUGGUUGGACCGGAAAAAA